CCCGCUUCCCAUCGCCCCAAACAGACACUCCGCGUACCCGCCAGAAACACAGCUCACAAAAUAACCCUGGAAUUCCCAUGGAUUAUGAUCGGAAAACCUCGAGUUUUUGAAACUCUUGACGUGAUUUCCAGACGGGAACCCUUCUUCAAACCUUCUGCUGUGUUCUUGCGAUGGAUAUUUAUCGGUCAUCUUCUUUAAGAAUCUCGCCAGUAAGCUAAGAUGAGGAAGAUGUCUUGGUGCAGCCCGGCUAUUGUGCUGUGUCUACUUGUGACGGGAGUCUUUGCGUUAUUCGAUGAGGACAUCCGAUAUAAGCCAUCGAUUUGCAGAAGAAAAGUGAAGUCGGAGUGCGAUCUCGGGAUAUGCGAAAGAGAUGUGGAGAUAGAGUGUUACCAUGGUGUUUGCUCUAACCACACGGGAGAGUGCGUCUGUGCUCCGUGCUGGACGGGAGAUCGCUGCGAUAGUCUCCAAAACUCACACGUGCCAGUGUUUAAACAACAGACAGUUAAAGUUGACGUGAAUAUCAGAGACAGUUAUAGCGAUGACGUCAUCGCCACAGUGCGGGCGGAGGACCCAGAUGCGGAAGAGUGUUCUUACUCGGACAGCUGCCCAUGUGCGAAUAUUCUAUACUCCAUCGAGGAGGGGAAUGAAGACUCACUAUUCAUGAUCGAUCCCAGGAGUGGGGAGAUACGACUGUCUCGUGGACUCGAGUUAAAAGACUUGCAGGAUGCUGUGUUCGAAUUGGUGGUUUCUGCCAAGAACCCAGUGCACCGAACACGUGUGAGAAGGAGGUUGGUUAACACUGUUGAUGAGCCAAGUGAUAAAGCAGCCUCCACCAUGGCGGUGCGGAUUUCUUUCUCAACUGGGGACAAGGUUGAAGCUGAAGUUGUACAUUCCAGGCGAAGACGAUCGACGAGUGGCGUCCCGAGCGAAGAGACCUUCACCUUGGAGAAACUCUCCCCCUUCACCGGCGUCACGGACGUCAAGAUCGGGGAGAAGGUCCCCCUCCGUCUGGUCAUCUGGUUACCGGUCCAAUCAACCAACAUGAGAGUUGAGCUGCUUACACCGUACGAGUCUAGCGCCAUCAUGGUGGUAUGCGAUCCGCUCUUCACCCACAUUGGUGCUAACUACCCAUCGUUUGAUGGCAGUAGCGUGACGCCGGAAUAUUAUGCUCACGCUGGGGACUUUAGGUACGACCGCGUGGUACUCGACCUUGGCUCCGUCACCAACACGGGUUCAAACACCGCCGAUGAUGUCCCCAACAAGAUCCAUUUGGAUUUCACCGUGAUUCUGCAAGAGAAUAACGCCACGAAGUACGGGGAUAGCUACAUGGUGUCGGCAGGUGUCUCCUACGGUAGUGACUUGUCCAGUGUGUGGUCUGGAGGAACGACAUUUACUCCUGUUAAUGAUACAGGCGAUUGGUCGACGAGUUCUCCAGUUUUGACCAUCUCUGGCCCGAGUGAGAUGACGACCCAGAGUUCCGCCAUCUUUAACAUCGACCUGGUGCUCAAGAAUUAUGUCACCGACUUCUACGUGGACAUAGUGGCCGAGCAGUAUUCAAACGACCCCGUUAUGAAGGUCUGCGAAUUCCAACUUACCGGAAAAGGUGGUAGCUACGGUUGCAUGCCGGACGAGCUUCCCCAGAUUUCCUCAGUUCACGACAACACGACCGACGAUAACGCAACCGUCUUGGCAAGAUUAGACUUCGGCAAAAUCGUCAACACAGGUCUACGUGAUGGCAAUAAUGGCGACGACGAAAAUAAAAUUUCUACGGAAGCUGUGGUGUACAUCACCGACAGCUCGGACAUCGUAAACGGGGAGAAAUACUGGCUGGGCGUGACAAUCACGGUAGAUGGGUCCAAGAUAUACUCCAACCAGCAGGCUAUAAUGGCGCUUACUACACCAGCACCCAACAUGACCGCUGAUCCAGUGAUAGAGUUCUACGCAGUCGACGGCUACACCGUGACUAUCGGGGGCACCGUUGGCUUCGUCAUCAGCAUCGACAUCCCGGAGAAUAUCACCUCUGUCUUCAUCGUGGACCUGUCCAUGCCUUACACAACCUCCAACGGGGCUAUCCUGUCCAUCUGCCGGGCUGAGGUGGUUCAAGUUGGACAUAACAUUCCCUGCAUGGGGAGCAUGACGCCUGAAUUCAACCAAGAGGAUGGCCAACACGCAGACUACAUACAGUUCAACUUUGGAGGCAUCACCAAUCUAGGCCGGCGGCACCAGACUGAUGACAGUAAGCUAACGGUAUUGAUAACCGCCGAGCUGUUGGCCGAGCACCCUGACGUCUCGAACGGAACAGAGUUUGAAGUAACAGCCGGCGUCCGCUACGAAAUGUCCGACAAGGACAUACUGUGGGUGUCCAAAGCACCAAUCACAGCCGUGGAUUACCAACAUCAUGAAUAUUUAGACAGUGAUAAGAUACCAAAGUUCAAGCUACGAAAUCGUGGUAAAGAUUACUAUCUGUACAACAACUCCGCUGUCUCCCUGAACAUCACCGUAACCAUACCUCCCGAGACUACCUAUACCCCGGUCCUCCUCAACAUCACCGCCGGUCGAGGAGCCACGGACCGCCGGCCGAUGUUCAGCAUCUGCCGGGUCGAGGUGGUCGAGAUCGGAUCCAACUUCUACUGCCACAACCUCGACAAGACCUCCAUUACCAACGUCUCGAUGGUAGAGGGCGUGGCGUACGAAUACCUGGUGGACCUGGGUGUGGUGACCAACAGCCUGGAGGCGGGAAUGCAGAAGGACCCGGAUGACGGUUCGUUUGUUGUGGAAGUUAAUCUCCACUGGGAGGACCACGUGGAGCUUGUUCACAUGGAGAAUGUCACCUUGACGGUUGAGGCCACGUACGGUCCCAGCGGGACUUGGCAUGGCUCCAUGGAUUAUAUCAUCAACUUCGAUCGGCCAGAAUUCCGGCAGGACGACGACGCGCCGCAAUUUGACUUGACUCUGGGGCCGAGCCAGAGCAGUUUCUUACGGGCAGGUGGUCUGGCCGUCUACUACCUCUCGGUCUUGACCCCGCCCAAUUCAGCCGGUACCUACUGGAUGGACGUGGUGACGCCCAACAGCAGCCUCAGUGUUUGCCGGUCUCACUUGGUGUCAGCCGGGCGUAACCUGCCGUGUUUUGAGACUGAGCGACCCGUGCAGUAUCUGUCCUACGAGGAGGACGGACAUCGAGAUAGAGCCGUGCUGGAUAUUGGUCCCGUGAAAAACAUUGGCACUAAGCCCAUCCUCAACGCUGAUGACAAUAAGAUGGUAGCGGAGGUAGUAGUGAAGCUAGAAGACAUCGCCGUGCCUCCAGACAAUCUGACUGAGCCAGAGGUACAGGAAUUCGAGUUGACGGUCAAGGCAGGGGAUACGGAGCUUUACACGGUGCCGAAGGAAGUCCAUGUUGAUGUCAGACCAGCCUUCACUAAUUUCACUGAGAUACCCGUAGUGACAUUGACUAAGUUGAACGCUGAGCCUUUGGUCACCAUUGGUGGAGGUGUGGUCUACAACUUGGAUUUCUACGUUCCAUACGGGUCUAUAUCUGAUUAUCAGGUCCGAUUUUUCGGUGAUCGAGUCGACCCUUACCGGACGACUAUAUGCGAGGCUAGGCUGAUCCAGACCGGAUGGAAUGUACCCUGUGUCAACGGAACAUUCCUAACUACGAUCUACAACUCUACCAAUGACGAUGACCACAUUGAUACGGCCUUUAUAGACGUCGGUACAGUCGCUAAUAUGAAUCCAUAUGGAUCAGUGGUGGCGUCUGAACUUAAUAAGGUCAGAGUUCAAGUGGUCGCCCGCCUAGAGAACAACGACACCGUCAUGGAGAAUGAUCAGCUAUGGUUGGGUGCGGUGCUGAAGCUCAACGAGCACAAUGAGUACUAUCUCAGGGCCUCCUUCAAUGCCACCGAAGACAACAUUUACUCCGAGACAAGUCCACAGCCGCAAUUCCAAAUCUACCGGCCUGGAGACAACGUCGUCAUGACGAUCGGCUCCAAGGAAACCUACUACCUGAAGAUCACCACCCCAGUCAUGAGCACCCCGAUGACCGUAAACGUCACACUCCCCACGGCUGGGAACGAGGCGUUCAUGACCAUCACCGAUAUGCAGCUCGUGCGGGUCGGCGUCAACUACGCCUGUUAUCAUCUCUAUGAGCUGGAACCAGUCUAUAACUCCACGUACUCCACGAGUCAGAACGACACGGCGUUUAUCAAUCUAGGCAUCAUCACCAACCAUGGAACCACACACUACUACCAGUACAAUCCGGAGUACGUCACCCCUGAGGAUGAUGAGAUUCUCAUCUCUCUGGAGGUCCAGCUGGCCGACCAUCCUGAUCUCUUCGACGGGGCUGAGAUCAUCUUCGAUGUAGCCUUCGAUUACAGCCUUGGGAGGCAGACGGCUUUCAAUGAGACGGUGGGCGUGUCUAUUGUCGGUGACGAGCGCCCGGAGGUGGAGUUUAACAUCACCAUGCCGGAGUAUGAUCCAAUGGUGACGCAGCAAGGGGACCUUCUUCUGACCGAGCUGUCUAUCCACCAUGUCAAUUAUUCCAGUAGCCACGCCUAUGGCGUGGUCAUAUACCUCAUGUUGCCGUACUACUUAGAAGUUGAUCCUGACCUUGAGAUUGAGGGACCUCCUCUGUGCGUCAAGACAUCUGAAGCGGGAGUCAAGUUCCACUUCGCUGAGAUGUACUUCACUGAUACCUUCACGAUGUGGUUCAACAUCUCCAUGGAUCCUAAUCGAUACUUGCCGAUCGAUAUGAACUUCGUCAAUACGACGGUACCGAUGGAGAUAGUCUACUACAAGCGCGAUGGAACAGACAACGAUGGAAACAUUGUCCUUGGGGAUGUCUUCAAGACAGAAACGCUCAUACUCGAUCUGUCCUUCAGAACUGAGCAAUGCUUCGAUGUGCUUGGGAUCGAGAACAGCUUCACAAUACAGGACUGCCAGAUCACCGCCAGCUCUUACCUCAAUGAAACCUACUCCCCUCAGAUGGCUAGGCUGAAUUCAGAAUCCGGCUGGGCACCAGCGAUACGAGACAUGAAGCCAUACCAGGGAAAUGACUACCUUGAGGUGCGAUUCGGUGGACUACAUCGAUUUAGCGGAGUGAGAAUGCAGAAAGAGUUCAACGACAGUAGCUGUGUCAUGUCAUACCAAUUGAGCUACAGUGUCGAUGGCAUUGUGUGGUAUGACUACGAUCAGACGUUCAUCAACGACUACAACGAGACAUUGAAUGAUUCCUCCUCGCUCAACCUCAUCCCGGUACCGUUCAACGGCGCGUAUUUCAGGAUACGUCCUCAGAGCUACGCGGUCAACACAACCUUCCCCGUCAUGAGGUUUGAGCUGUACGGAUGCAGACGGACCGCUGAUAUCGAUCUAAAUGCUGCCUGUGCGAAAAUGGAAUUUCCAGAUUAUCCAUACUACGAGCGUGGUUUUAUCAUCGAGCCAGAGACAGGAUCUGUUUACGUUUGCAUUCUCGAAUAUGUUGAUGGCCCAACCAGAUGCUCCUACUCGCUGGAUAAUGGGACUACGUGGGAGUCCAUGGACAACAAUGUUGCCAACGUCAUUGGCCUGGAGCCAGAGACGAAAGAACUGUUCGGGAUAUCCCAGAACAGACGCGCGAUCAUGCGCAGUGGAAACCUGGGUGUCACGUGGUCCAGCAUGGAGCCCGAGCGGUACCUAGAAUUAUCGAACAGCAGUUACAUAAUGGAGACGACGAGGGUCCCGUUUAUUGACAUCUCGGGCGAGCCUGAUGACUUCAUCGUGGCAACGGAAGGAGAUAGCAUAUUCUUCGAGUGGGGAGCUGCGUCAGAGGGUCUAUAUCGACGAGAAGUGAUGGUAACCCACAACGGCACAGCGCCAAGUGAAUGGGAACUCAUGGGUCUCUGGGGCUACCCUUGAUGGGAACCAGCGACUUUUCCAACCAACCAGGGGAUUGUGCACUACUUUUUGUUCGGCGAAGGCAGAUUAUAAAUCUCUCCAAAAAAAAAGAGUUCAUCUUAUGCUGUGAAAACAUCGGCGAAGAAUCGUCUUAAUUCUUAGUCAGUAUGCAUAUAAGUAAAUGUUUAUUCGAACUACAUUUAAGAAAUAUCGAAGAGAAAAGGGUGUUGAUAGAUUACCUUUUAGUAAUAAGCUUUAAUACAGUUGUAGUUGAUUAAGAGCUGAAAUAAAGAUUGUAGUUUUGCUGUAUCGAGCUUUUCGACAGCAUGGAGAUAAAAUAUCUAUAUAUAAAUCUAUGUAAUAUAUUGUACAAAAUAUACAUUUUUCUCUUAGUCUGAAUACCUUUAGAUUAAAAGGUGUUGUUAUUGUGUAUUUUUUAUUAUGAGGUCUCUGAUGUCAGGAAUAAUAGUGGUCGAUGAUAUUUUAUCCUUGCCCAACCUUUAAAGACAAUAGUUGUUUUUGUAAUCAACUAGCUAGAUGCUACUUCUCCAAUGGAACUUUCUCUUUAUUCUCCUGUUCAUGCAAAAUUAAUGUUAAAAUAUCUAAUCAGGAAGUAAUUAAAGUAAACACCAAAUGUAGUUGCACUUUAAAAUACUGGGAAAAAUGAUAGCACUAAAAUCCAAAUGUGACCAAUGAUGCUAUAAGAUGUGCCAAAGAUGAACGGGUUUCCUGCACCAAGUUUAUUGAAACUUUCGUCUGUAUCAUACUUGAGUAAAUUAUACAAAAUGUACAAAAUGUAAUUGACAAUUUAGAACACCAUUAUUUUGUGUCAAAGAUUGUGACGAAAAGAUUACUGUAAAUAAAAAGUGUAAUCUUGAAUAACUGUA